AUGUCGACUCAACAUACUGAACAAGUUGCAGCCCAAGAUAAAAUUUCGUCGAUUGGCCUUGAAGUGAAAGGCGCAGACUUGGAAAAUAACAUUCUUGAUGCAUUUCGCAGUCGAAUAGCCGUUGCCAUUGCAGAGCUUUCCGAGAAAUCAGCCGAUGACAUAUUUGCGUUGUUAGACGCUCCCAAGAAUCCAGAACACGGAGACUUUGCGCUUGCUGUACCCAGGUUACGAGUAAAAGGCAAUCCUGCGCAAUUUGCAAAAAGCUGGGCCGAAAAGUUUGUAGCAAACGAAUACAUCGUUUCAGCAGCGGCAACCGGGCCCUACUUGAAUUUUAAGAUCUCCCACGCGUUGCUCGCCAAAACUCUUCUAAAUCACAUUUACGGAAAGAAGGAAAAUUAUGGUGUUAAUCAAACGGGAGUAGGUAAAACCGCGUUGGUCGAAUUUAGCAGCCCCAAUAUUGCAAAGCCAUUCCACGCAGGACACUUGCGAAGCACGAUAAUAGGCAAUUUUAUAAAAAAUGUUCAUGAGGCAAACGGAUGGAAGACAAUUGGAUUAAACUAUCUUGGUGAUUGGGGAAAGCAAUAUGGUAUUCUGGCUGUUGGUUUCGAGAAGUAUGGAUCAGAAGAAGAGCUCCUUACUGAUCCUAUAAAACAUUUAUAUGAUGUCUAUGUCAAAAUUAACGCGGACGCUGAAAAUGAUGAUGAUGUCAAUGUGCGGGCGCGCGCCUAUUUCAAAAAGAUGGAAGAUGGUGACGAAGAGGCACUUGCCCUGUGGAGGAAAUUCAGGGACCUCAGCAUUGGAAAGUAUAAAAAUACGUAUGCUCGCCUCAACGUUAAUUUUGAUGUGUAUUCUGGGGAAUCUCAAGUGCCGAAUGAGAAAAUUCUAAACGCCUUGGCUGUCUUGAAAGAGAAAAAUCUUGUUCAAGAGUCGAAUGGUGCAUUGAUUAUCGAUUUAAAGAAAUACAAAUUGGACGUGGUAGUUGUCCAGAAGCAAGACGGCACUACGCUCUAUAUUACGCGAGACAUUGGCGCAGCUAUAGAUCGAUAUGAGAAAUAUAAUUUUGACGCCAUGUAUUACGUCAUUGCAUCUCAACAGGAUUUACAUAUGUCACAGCUUUUUAAAAUUUUGGAAUUAAUGGGAAACGAAUGGGUGAGUCGUUGCAAACAUAUAAACUUUGGGUUGGUCAAAGGUAUGAGCACUCGCAAGGGAACGGCCGUUUUCUUGGAUGAAAUUCUUGAACAAACAAAAAUAAGUAUGCACAACGUCAUGAAGCAAAAUGAGACAAAGUAUGAACAAAUUGAUAAUCCGGAAGAGAUUGCUGAUAUUGUCGGAAUUUCUGCUACGAUGAUUCAAGACAUGUCCGCAAAAAGAAUUCGUAACUAUGACUUCAAUUGGGAUCGUAUGUUUUCUUUUGAAGGUGAUACGGGUCCUUAUCUUCAGUAUGCUCAUACUCGUCUCUGUUCGAUUGAACGUAACUGCGGUUUAGACAUUAACCCAGAUGUGGACGUCAGCCUGCUCACUGAACGUCCUGCAAUAGACCUCAUUAGUAUGAUUGCACAGUAUCCAGAUGUGGUUAAAGGUGCAUUGCGUAGUUUGGAGCCAUGUACAGUAGUUACAUAUGCCAUGAAGUUAAGCCAUACUGUGUCUGUAGCUUUGGAAACCUUGUGGGUUAUGGGAGCACCAAAAGAUUUGGCAGAGGCAAGGUUAUUAAUGUAUUGGGCCACUCGAAUUACACUGGGGAAUUCGUUAAAGUUGUUGGGUUUGAAACCUUUAGAAAGGAUGUGA